UUCCUUGUCCUCCUCCUCCGCGUCACCCAAGCUGCCGGCUCCCCGCGGCGGCUAUGCGCUGACGGGACCGCCCGGCCGAGCGGCGCUGAGGGGGCGGGCGGACAAAGGCUGCAGGCUGGUGCCGGCUCUGGGGCGCGAUGGAGCGGCGCGGCGGCUGAGGCGGCUCGGUGGGGCGAGCCGAGCCGAGCCGAGCCGGGCCGGACGAGAGCGGCACAUGGUGCGCGGCUGGUGCCCGGCGCUGCGCACCCGCGGGCGGGCCGAGGGGCCACCAUGGACAACUUCUUGGCGGAGGGGUCUCGGGUCUGGCUGAGAGAAAAUAAUCAGCAUUAUCCCAGCACUGUUCAUUCCUGUGCAGAAGGAGUUGUUGUAUUCAGGACAGACUAUGGUCAGGUAUUCACUUAUAAACAGAGCACGAUCACACACCAAAAAGUAACGCCUAUGCAUCAAACAAGCACAGAGAGUGUGGAAGACAUGGCAUCACUUGUAGAUCUCCAUGAAGGCUCCAUUAUGCACAACUUAUUCCAGCGAUAUCAGCAAGAUAAAAUCUAUACCUAUAUUGGCUCAAUAGUCGCCUCCGUGAACCCCUACAAGAGCAUCCCGGGGCUGUACGACUGCGCCGCCGUGGAGCGAUACAGCAAGCACCACAUGGGAGAGAUCGCGCCUCACAUCUUCGCCGUGGCCAACGAGUGCUACCGCUGCCUCUGGAAGCGCCACGACAACCAGUGUAUCCUCAUCAGUGGCGAAAGUGGUGCUGGUAAGACGGAGAGCACUAAGCUGAUUCUCAAGUUCUUGUCUGCAAUGAGCCAACAUUCACUGGAGCUGUCCUCCAGAGAGAAGACCUCCUGUGUGGAGCAAGCUAUUCUUGAGAGCAGUCCAAUUAUGGAAGCUUUUGGCAAUGCGAAGACUGUUUACAACAACAACUCAAGUCGCUUUGGGAAGUUUAUUCAGCUGAACAUCUGUCAGAAAGGAAACAUUCAGGGAGGAAGAAUUAUGGAUUAUUUAUUGGAAAAAAAUCGUGUAGUAAGACAAAACCCCGGGGAAAGAAAUUAUCAUAUAUUCUAUGCUCUGCUGGCAGGGAUAGAAGAGAGAGAGAAAGAUGCUUUUUACUUAUCUGUACCUGAGAACUACCACUACCUGAACCAGUCUGGAUGUAUAGCGGAUAAGACAAUCAGUGACAAAGAUUCUUUCAAGGAAGUCAUUACUGCAAUGGAAGUGAUGGAGUUCAGCAGGGAGGAAGUACGAGAAAUUCUGAGGCUGUUGGCUGGCAUUUUGCAUCUGGGAAAUGUUGAGUUCAUCACUGCUGGUGGGGCUCAAGUGUCCUUUAAAACAGCCCUGGGUCGAUCUGCUGAGUUACUGGGAUUGGACUCCACACAGCUAACAGAAGCAUUGACUCAGAGGUCGAUGAUUCUCAGGGGAGAAGAAAUCCUAACACCUCUUAGUAUACAACAGGCAAUAGACAGCAGAGAUUCUAUGGCUAUGGCACUUUAUUCUCAGUGUUUUGCAUGGGUCAUUAAGAAAAUCAAUAGCAGAAUCAGGAGCAAGGAAGACUUCAAGACUAUUGGAAUUUUGGACAUAUUUGGAUUUGAAAACUUUGAGGUAAACCGUUUUGAACAGUUCAAUAUUAACUAUGCAAAUGAGAAGCUUCAGGAGUAUUUCAACAAGCACAUAUUUUCCUUGGAGCAACUGGAAUACAGCAGGGAAGGACUAAUUUGGGAAGAUAUUGACUGGACAGACAAUGGAGAGUGCUUGGAUCUUAUUGAAAAGAAACUGGGACUACUAGCACUCAUCAAUGAGGAGAGCCAUUUUCCUCAAGCUACUGACUCCACCUUACUGGAGAAGUUGAAUGCCCAGCAUGCUAACAAUCCUUUUUAUGUAAAACCAAGGGUUGCCGUCCACAACUUUGGAGUGAAGCACUACGCUGGGGAGGUCCAGUAUGAUGUCAGGGGGAUCUUGGAGAAGAACAGGGAUACUUUUAGAGAUGAUCUCCUGAACUUGUUACGUGAAAGCAGUCUUGAUUUCAUCUAUGAUCUGUUUGAACACGUUUCAAGUCGCAACAAUCAGGACACUCUUAAAUGUGGAAGCAAGCACCGAAAGCCUACUGUCAGUCUCCAGUUCAAGGAAUCACUUCAUUCCUUAAUGGCGACACUGAGUUCUUCAAACCCUUUCUUUGUUCGGUGCAUCAAACCCAACGUGCAGAAGAUGCCAGACCAGUUUGAUCAGACAGUGGUGCUUAACCAGCUGCGCUAUUCUGGGAUGUUGGAGACGGUCAGGAUUCGGAGGGCUGGGUUCCCAGUCCGGAGGCCCUUUCAAGACUUUUAUAAAAGGUAUAAAGUCCUCAUGCGAAACUUAACUCUCCCUGAAGAUUUAAAUGAGAAAUGUGCCGUCUUACUUCGUCUGUAUGACAACACAAGCACUGAAUGGCAGCUUGGAAAAAAUAAGGUGUUUCUCCGGGAGUCCUUAGAACACAAGUUGGAGAAGCAGCGAGAAGUGGAAGUCACCAAGGCAGCAAUGAUCAUCCGAGCACACAUCUUAGGUUAUGCAGCCCGAAAGCGGUAUAGAAAGGUUCUCUACUAUGUGGUUGUGAUACAGAAGAACUACAGGGCAUUCAGUGGUAGGAAGAAGUUCCUGUGCCUGAAGAAAGCAGCCACUGUCCUUCAGAAGCAGCGGCGAGGCCAGCUUGCUCGGCGUCUUUACAGGGAGCGACUGGAGGAGAAGCGGAGACAAGAGGAGGAAAGAAGAAAAGAGGAGGAAGAAAGGGAAAGACAAAGGCAAGAAGCAGAGCGUCUUGCCCAGCAGGCUGAAGAAGAGAGAAAGAAGCAGGAACUGGCUGCCAUUCAGAAAGCUCAGAAGGAGGCAGAACUGAAGCAGGAGGUGGAGAAGCAGAAAGAAAGCAGGCAGGUGGAAGAAAUCCUGCGUCUGGAAAAAGAAAUCGAAGACCUGCAGCGCGUGAAGAAGCAGCAGGAGCUGUCCUUGACUGAGGCUUCAUUACAGAGGCUGCAGCAGCGUCGAGAUGAGGAGCUCCGGCGGCUUGAGGAUGAAGCAUGUCGAGCAGCCCAAGAGUUCCUGGAAUCUCUGAACUUUGAUGAGAUUGACGAAUGUGUCCGAAACAUUGAGAGGUCUCUCUCUGUGGGCAGUGGGUAUCCUGCUGAGCUGGCUGAACAGACUGGAAAUGCCUGCAGUGAAAAGCCCAAUUUUAACUUCAGCCAGCCAUAUCCUGAGGAGGAGGUAGAUGAGGGCUUUGAAGCUGAUGAUGAUGCAUUUAAGGAUUCACCCAACCCGAGUGAGCAUGGCCAUUCUGAUCAAAGGACCAGUGGCAUCAGAACAAGUGAUGAUUCCUCAGAAGAGGAUCCUUACAUGAAUGAUACCGUGGUGCCAACAAUUCCUGGUGCCAGCGACACCAUGGUCGUACCUCCUGCCCAUGACACAGUGAGUCUCCACAACUCUUCAAGCGGCGAAUCCACGUACUGCAUGCCAGAAAACAUAUCCUGCAGACCCCCAAAUUCUGUGGAACUUAUUUCUCCUGACGGAGACUAUGAUUACGACCAGGACGAUUAUGAAGAUGGUGCUAUCACUUCUGGCAGCAGUGUGACCUUCUCUAACUCGCACAGUAGCCAGUGGUCACCGGACUACCGGUGUUCCGUGGGGACGUACAAUAGCUCUGGAGCAUACCGGUUCAGCUCUGAGGGAGCUCAGUCUUCUUUUGAAGACAGUGAAGAAGAUUUUGACUCCAGGUUUGAUACAGAUGAUGAACUUUCCUAUCGGAGGGAUUCAGUCUAUAGCUGUGUCAGCCUGCCCUACUUCCACAGUUUUCUGUACAUGAAAGGUGGCUUAAUCAACACAUGGAAGCGACGCUGGUGUGUCCUGAAAGAUGAGACCUUCCUGUGGUUUCGUUCUAAGCAGGAAGCACUUAAGCAGGGUUGGCUUCACAAAAAGGGGGGUGGAUCAUCUACGCUUUCCAGAAGGAACUGGAAGAAAAGAUGGUUUGUUCUCAGACAGUCCAGGUUGAUGUACUUUGAAAAUGACAGUGAGGAAAAGCUAAAGGGUGCCAUGGAUGUCCGAACUGCCAAAGAGAUUGUUGAUAAUACAGGCAAAGAAAAUGGUAUUGAUCUAAUAAUGAGUGAUAGGACCUACCACUUAAUUGCUGAAUCUCCUGAGGAUGCAAGCCAGUGGUUCAGUGUACUGAGUCAAGUCCAUGCGUCCACAGAGCAGGAGAUCCGGGAGAUGCAUGAUGAGCAGGCAAAUCCACAGAAUGCUGUGGGUACACUCGAUGUAGGACUAAUUGAUUCUGUCUGUGCUGCUGACAAUCCAGACAGACCCAAUUCAUUUGUGAUCAUCACUGCUAAUCGUGUUCUUCACUGUAAUGCUGACACUCCUGAAGAGAUGCAUCAUUGGAUAACCCUGCUCCAGAGGUCAAAGGGGGACACUAGAGUGGAGGGACAAGAAUUCAUUGUGCGGGGGUGGCUACACAAGGAAGUGAAGAACAACCCGAAGAUGUCCUCAUUAAAACUAAAGAAGCGUUGGUUUGUCUUGACACACAAUUCUUUGGACUACUACAAGAGUUCGGAGAAAAAUGCUUUGAAAUUGGGUACACUGGUCCUGAACAGCCUCUGCUCAGUGGUCCCACCUGAUGAAAAAAUCUUCAAAGAAACAGGUUACUGGAAUGUGACCGUGUAUGGACGCAAACACUGUUACCGUCUCCAUACGAAAUUGCUUAAUGAGGCGACCCGCUGGUCAAGUGCCAUCCAGAAUGUGAUUGACACAAAGGCACCCAUUGAUACUCCAACUCAGCAGCUUAUUCAAGAUAUUAAGGAAAACUGCCUGAAUGCUGAUGUGGUUGAACAGAUUUAUAAGAGGAAUCCCAUUCUCCGUUACACUCAUCAUCCAUUGCACUCACCAUUACUGCCACUGCCAUAUGGGGACAUCAAUCUAAACUUGCUGAAAGACAAAGGCUACACAACUCUGCAGGAUGAAGCCAUCAAGAUAUUUAAUUCUUUACAGCAGUUGGAGUCUAUGUCUGAUCCCAUCCCUAUAAUCCAAGGUAUCCUCCAAACAGGACACGACUUAAGACCUCUCCGAGAUGAGCUCUACUGUCAGCUCAUCAAGCAAACCAAUAAAGUGCCUAACCCUGGGAGCGUGGGGAACCUCUAUAGUUGGCAAAUACUCACCUGCAUGAGUUGCACAUUUCUGCCCAGUCGCAGCAUCCUCAAAUAUCUCAAGUUUCAUCUCAAAAGGGUUCGUGACCAGUUUCCAGGAACUGAAAUGGAGAAAUACGCACUUUUCACUUACGAAUCUCUGAAGAAAACCAAAUGCAGAGAGUUUGUGCCAUCGCGAGAUGAAAUAGAAGCACUAAUUGGCAGGCAGGAGAUGACAUCCACAGUUUACUGCCAUGGUGGGGGCUCCUGUAAGAUUACAAUCAACUCACACACUACAGCUGGAGAGGUGGUUGAAAAGUUAAUUCGUGGCUUGGCCAUGGAGGAUAGCAGAAAUAUGUUUGCUUUGUUUGAAUACAACGGAACUACUGAUAAAGCAAUUGAAAGCAGAACUAUUGUAGCUGAUGUCUUGGCAAAGUUUGAAAAGCUUGCUGCCACUGCUGAAGUUGGGGAGAUGCACUGGAAGUUCUACUUCAAGCUCUACUGCUUCCUGGACACAGAAAACGUCCCAAAAGAUAGCGUGGAAUUUGCCUUUAUGUUUGAGCAGGCUCAUGAAGCAGUGAUUAAAGGACAUUACCCUGCUCCUGAGGAAACCCUCCAGGUCCUUGCAGCUUUGCGUCUUCAGUACCUUCAGGGAGAUUACACUGUGCACACCACCAUACCAGAACUAGAGGAAGUCUAUCCCUUGCAAAAGCUGAAAUCUAGGAUUACUCAGUCAACCAAAACAUUUACUGCAUCAGAGAAGGCUGAGAAGAAACGAGCCAGCUUUCUUGAAGGAACACUGCGGAGGAGUUUCCGAAGUGGCUCUGUCAGCAAACAGAAGGUUGAGGAGGAUCAGAUGUUAGACAUGUGGGUCAAAGAGGAAAUCUCAGCUUCCAGGACUAGUAUUAUUGACAAAUGGAAAAAACUCCAGAGGAUGAAUCAGGAGCAGGCCAUGGCAAAGUACAUGGCUUUGAUUAAGGAAUGGCCUGGCUAUGGUUCAACACUCUUUGACGUAGAGUGUAAAGAAGGGGGAUUCCCACAGGAGUUGUGGCUUGGAGUCAGCGCUGAUGCAGUUUCUGUCUACAAGCGUGGGGAAGGAAGGCCUCUGGAGGUGUUCCAGUAUGAACAUAUCUUGUCAUUUGGUGCUCCACUUGCCAACACGUACAAGAUCGUGGUGGAUGAAAGAGAACUGCUUUUUGAAACUAGCGAGGUGGUUGACAUUGCAAAGCUGAUGAAAGCUUACAUCAGUAUGAUCGUGAAAAAACGCUACAGCACCUCUCGAUCCGUGAGUAGUCAUGGAAGUCAAGGCAGCUCCAGGUGAAAACAAAACCAGUUCUACUGCACCCUAAAUAGAAUAUAUCACUCCUUGGCCUCAGAACAACCUGGGGACAUCGAUCACCUUUGUUGACAAGCUAACCGAGAACCAGAGUUUCAACGGAAAAUAUCUUCAAACAAUGUUUUAGAAAGACCACAGGGGAGUAGGGGAAAAUCAGCUGAAAUAGUCACAUACUAGAACUGCUGGCUCAUUCAAAACUUUCCAAAGCAUUAUUACCUUCUGUUGAUGUAACAAAUGCCUUAAGACUUGAUCCACUGCAAUACAAGCAGUAAUAAGUGCCUUACAAUAUUAAGCCUAACUUGUAUUGACCUAAAAUUGCUGAUAAAAGCCAAGAGGAUUUCCUUUGUCCUUUCAGAACACUGAAAACAAAGUUAUAUUCAUCCAUUCUGCACUAAUCUACUGGCCUGUAUACAGGUGGGAAGGGAGAGGGAAGAAGAGCAAGGUAUAUUUUUUGGAGCGCUGCUGGCAGCUUUCCUGAUGGACGCCAACACUUUGUUUCCCCUUGCUUCCAUGGAUGUGCACACUGUGUAUGUGUAUUUGAGCUGUCAGUAAAAUUUGACAAAUUUUAUUCUGUUUCACAAGUCUUUUGAAGCAAAGGGAAUAAGUAUGUGCAAUGGUGUAAACAGUCUUUCUGUACAUUUUAAUAGUUCAGAGUUAUAGUUGUUGCAAUUGUAUGGUUACUUUAUAAGCAGUUUUAUUAACAAGUAAAUUCCAAAAUUUUCAUACACUGAUUUUACUUUUGCAAAUAUGUAUUACCAUAUAACUAGCAGAAGUCUGCAUUCUGUAUCUGCUGUAUGAUAAAGAGAGAUGUAGCUGAGAAUAUUUAUAGACUACCCUAAUAUGGAAAUACAGUUAUCAGUUCAAUUCUCCAUAAUGUCAGCUUAAGUUUUUAAUAUUAAUUUUUACUUUGAAAGACAUCACUGUUUUAUACUUCUGGCUGGACUCCUCAACCCAGACUGACUGCCAAAGGCCAGAGCCCUUCAGAGUUGACUAGAGAAGGCAACGUUAUACAAUGCAACUGCUUUAAUAUUUUACCUGGUUGCCUGAUGAAGGUUCUUGACAGUACCCUGUAAAUAAAUUGGGGAAUAUCAGCUAAUAAUAAUUUGAUUUUGGACCUUUAUUUUUGUACAGAAAUACUGUAAUAUAAGGCAAAACUUUGUUCAAAGGUAUCUUUUUGUCCACAGGAAAAAAAAAAAAAGAGACCUGAAAAACCUUACUGUUGUAAAAAACCUCAGCCUUUAAGGAAUCAUGCCUACUUACUGGGAAAAAAAAAAAAGUCCAGCAAUAAAGAAAAUAUAUGUAA